GGCAUUUCACGUCCCUAGUGGGAAAAUCCUAGCAGUAAAGGUCAUUCCCUUAGAUAUAACACUGGAGCUCCAGAAGCAGAUAAUGUCGGAGUUAGAAAUUCUUUAUAAGUGUGACUCAUCGUAUAUCAUAGGAUUUUACGGGGCUUUUUUUGUAGAAAACAGAAUUUCCUUGUGCACAGAGUUCAUGGAUGGGGGUUCUUUGGAUGUUUAUAGAAAAAUUCCGGAACACGUACUGGGAAGAAUAGCAGUAGCUGUUGUGAAAGGCCUGACCUAUUUAUGGAGUCUGAAGAUUUUGCACAGGGAUGUGAAGCCGUCUAACAUGCUGGUGAACACGCGAGGCCAGGUGAAGCUGUGUGACUUUGGGGUCAGCACGCAGCUGGUGAAUUCUAUAGCCAAGACGUAUGUUGGAACAAAUGCUUAUAUGGCGCCUGAGCGGAUUUCGGGAGAACAGUACGGGAUUCAUUCGGACGUUUGGAGUCUAGGGAUUUCCUUCAUGGAG